AUGCCCGACGUUCCCCGGUGGCUCUUCUCUCGUGGCACUCCCGAAGAUGCGUUCCAGACCCUUUUCCAUAUAUCCCACAGCAUCAUCCUUAAUGAGCGGAGGAAGAAAGAUAACGCGAAAAAGGCACGCGGGAAAAAGAGUUAUACCGGCCUACCCACCGGCAACGACAAUAGCGACAAAGAUAUCAAGAGGGCUGAGGACGAGUACGGCACCGGGGAGCCUGAGGCCAGCGCAAACGCUGAUGCCAACAAUGAACACUGGCUACCCAGCCUUCCGUCCUCCCCGCUUAGCUCUCCUCCCACGCCAUCUUGUAAUGGCGGUUCUUUGCCCCUUUCAGAUCGAAAUAUCUACACCUUCCUGCUGGACAAUGAACCGUCUGUAUGCGGGCCAACUGACCUUGUUUCCGAUCGCGGCACUAUCCCCAUCAGCGUCGACCUGCUCAGCUUUGAUAAGUGGGUAGAAUACCUCAAGCAAGAUUUUCCCGGCCAUGACCCCGAAGCCUAUGAGAUUGUCUUUGAUUCUCACAUUAGGGGCCAGCAAGUCGUUAUUCGCAACUCGCGUCAAUGGAAAGCUGCACUCCGCGAGGUAAUGGCUACGCGCAACUCGAACCAUUUUCAAUUUAUGAUCCGGUUUCACCCUGCGUGA